GUAACCACGAGUCAGUAAAAACUCCACAGUGGGCGUGGCUUGUUGGUGUCGCACGUUGUGACGUCAGUCAGCGCCGCACGUGCAGGGACAGCGGCUUAUAGGUGUCGCGCGCGGCAGCAGCAGAAACGAAUACUGUACACACACAGCACCCCGGGCGGCGGGGAGAGCACCAGAAAGAGAGGCCGGAAGACUUGUCUCUAACAUGAAAGGAAAGCAAACCUUGAAGAGGAGUGUUCCAGCUCAAGAAAAUAAUGGGACACCAGAGAUCAAGAAAUCUAAACUGAUCACUCCUGUAUCUUACAAUUCUACUGGUGGCUUGGUGCUAACUCUUGGCCAAGGUGAUGUGGGCCAACUGGGCCUGGGAGAAGAUGUGAUGGAACGUAAGAAGCCAGCACUGGUACCUCUUCCAGAACAGAUUGUACAGGCUGAGGCAGGAGGAAUGCACACAGUGUGUCUUGGAACAUCAGGGAGUAUUUAUACUUUUGGCUGUAAUGACGAAGGGGCAUUAGGCCGAGACACUACAGAAGAGGGUUCAGAAACGCAACCUGGAAAGGUCGAUUUACCUGAAAAGGUAGUUCAAGUGUCCGCCGGGGACAGUCACACUGCUGCGUUGACGGAGGAUGGAAGAGUGUUCAUCUUUGGAUCUUUCAGGGACAACAAUGGUGUUAUCGGGUUACUGGAGCCAAUGAAGAAAAGUAUGGUUCCUAUACAGGUGCAAAUAAAUGUACCAGUUGUGAAAAUAGCCUCAGGAAAUGAUCACCUUGUAAUGCUUACAUCAGAAGGUGAACUUUACACAUGCGGAUGUGGUGAACAGGGUCAACUGGGCCGGGUACCGGAGAUGUUUACCAAUCGUGGAGGACGCAAGGGUCUAGAGAGGCUACUGACUCCACAGUGUAUCCACAUGAAGGCAAGAGGGUGCAGGCGUGUCCUGUUCCAGGAUGUAUUCUGUGGUGCUUACUUUACUUUUGCAGUAUCCCAAGAAGGACAUGUUUAUGGAUUUGGCCUUUCUAACUACCAUCAGCUGGGUACGAAGACUACAAACUCCUGCUUUGCACCCCAGAACCUAACCACCUUCAAAAACUCCAGCAAGUCCUGGGUUGGAUUUUCAGGAGGACAGCACCACACUGUGUGUGUGGACUCAGAAGGAAAUGCUUAUAGCUUAGGCCGUGCGGAAUAUGGCCGACUUGGGAUUGGGGAGAAUGCUGAAGAGAAGAAUGAACCCACUCUAAUUCCUAAUCUCCCUAAGAUUGCUAGUGUGGCCUGUGGAGCAUCUGUCAGUUAUGCUGUAUCUAGGGAUGGUCAUGUCUAUUCCUGGGGUAUGGGUACCAACCAGCAACUAGGCACUGGUGAAGAGGAUGAUGUUUGGCGACCUCAUGAGAUGACUGGGAAGCAACUUGAGAACAGACACGUUAUAUCUGUAUCCAGUGGAGGACAGCACACUGUUCUACUAGUUAAAGAUUGCAGCUGACCUCCAGCAAUUCACGACAAGCCAAAUUGAGUGUCUGAGCCACUUUUGUUCUAUCCAUACCACUUACAAACUUUUCAUUUGCUCCUUUAAUAUGAGGAAUAUCCGUGUUGUGGGAAGCUGCCUUUCGGACAUCCGCUUUUACUGUAUUCCUGUACGACACCUUCCUGUGUAUACCACCCCCAACAGUCUGUUUCAUUAAGUCUCCCUCUAUUUUAAUACAUUUAUUUCACUUUGAGUCUUCCAUCAUGGCUCUUACACUUGUUUGACUUGGUUACUCAUGAAAUUAGAUUGGAAUGCAAAUUUUGCCAUGCUCAACUCUCCAUUUAUUAUACUUGUUAAAUUUUAUUUUUUAAUACCCAAACUCCUAAAAAGCAAAAUUGCUUUAUUUUUUAUACGUAUGAAAGACAUGUGCUUUAUUAAUGCGGGGGUGUAUGUGAUUGUAGGAAAUACAGAUUUCCUCUUGCCUUUAAAGUUUGAAUUUUACGUGAAACAAAUCUGAAACCUCUUUUUAAAGAAACUGUCUUUGAAAUAAAUCUUUUUUUUUUUUUCUUUACAUUUUUUUUUUUCUUAUGAGCUGCUUUCAUGUCAGUUGCAGAUCAUUUAUUUUAUUCUCAAAGGCAUUACAUUAUGGUGCUACCAGAAAACAUCCAGCAUUCUUCUCCUUUUAUCAUUAGUUACUGAAGCAGUCUGUCAUGAAACAGAAUCUGGGCCUGAUUCAGGUUUGUUAGCAAAGCAAAAACACACAAGUAGGCAAAACAAUGUUGCACUGCAGGAGGGCCAGAUGUAACAUGCUGAGAGUUAGAUUUAGGUGUGGUGUAUUUAAACUAAAAUCCCCCCCCCCCCCCAAAUCAGUGCGACAUGUUUGGGUCAGUUGUGUGCUUCUUUGCUUUGCUAACGAACCUGAAUCAGGCCCUCUGUUUUGGGGCGUGUAAUUUGUGCUGCAGUUGUGUUUGAGUUGUUCUUACAAUUAUUGUUGUUUUGGUAACACAAUUUUAAUCAAACGAUCUUAUACCAAUCCAUUUUGAAAAUGUUGGUUCUCACCACCUAAAUGGUUAACAUAACUUUAUGAAGGAAGCUUCAUACUAUCGGGGGGUAUGCAAUUAGCUCCAUUUUUUUUUUUCGCCUAGCCAAAAAAAAAUCGGAACUAAUUCGACCCACCGUAUUCAUUUGCGGGUUUUUUUGCCCGUUUUUUAAUACAUUUUCGCCCAUGCUGUUUCACCUUUUUUGUUUUGUAGGCGAAUUGGCAUUGGCAAAAAUGGCCCCGAAAACCGCUUGCAGAUUCGCCAAAACAUGUGGAUCGGGAGUGAAUUUGCGGAUCCACGUGUUUUUCGUCAGUGCCGGCAUUUUUCGCCUAGGCGAAAAUCUGGCCCUGCUAUUGCAUAGGGCAAAUCUCCCCCCAAAGGCUAUCUCCUGAGCAUGGUCAGUCAUGACGUUUAUCAGAUUUUUAUUCUAUGCACAAAUCAUUUAAUUAAAAGAUUGUUUAAAAAAAAUCUGAUUAAAAUAUGUAGAGUUGUUUGCAUAUCUCUCAACAAUAUGUCUUGACAUCAGUGAAGACUUUAAGUGUAUAUAGAAACCAUGGGGGUAAAUUUACUAAGAUGGGAGUUCUAUUUAAGAUGGGAUGUUGCCCAUAGCAACCAAUCAGAUUCCAGGUAUCUUCUAGAAGGUGCUAGAUAAAUGAGAAGUAGAAUCUGAUUGGUUGCUAUGGGCAAUAUCCCAUCUUAAAUAGAACUCCCAUCUUAGUAAAUUUACCCCAUGGUCUCAGUCACUUGCAAUCUGUUUAAAUUAUCAGUGAGUUAACAAAUAUUCUAUUUCCAUAUACAACUUUUGAGCUCAAUCCAAUUAGCUGUGUGUCCAUUUGCGCUGUAAGUGUGGCAGUAUGCUGCACUUAUGGUACCGCUGCCCCAUGGACCUAAUUACAAAAAUCGAAAGUCUGGGCAGCAAGGGGGUGAAUUGUAGUAUACUGUAGUUGCUGAUGUUUACAUGCUGUUGCAGUGGCCUCUCGCCUCCUUCGCUGCUAAAUGGAUUGAGCCUUUUGGUCUCUCGCCCUCAAACUACUGCAUUGUCUUCUUGUUGCUCUCUUGCAUGUUAUGCCAGUCCCAAAUAUAGUUGAAUAAACUAAAGUUCAUUGUUAAAAUAA